AGUUGGUCCAUCACUGAGGAAGGAUUUACCGAAAUUGAUGUUUGUUACUAUGUCGCAACCAAAAUUCCAACGCAAAAAGAACUGCUCAAUGCGAAUUGCAGCUCAAUAAAUAUCAAGAUUUCACAUAGACCAAUCCAGUGAUAUCAGGCAAAACGCCACCUACAACCCAUGGGCGGUGACGAGACGUAGAGCGCAGCGCGUCGACCGCCGCGCGCCAGCAUUUCGAUACUGCGGUCGCUAAAAAAAAGAUCUUCUUAAUCUUUACGAAGCGCUCGUGUCUACGAUCGCAACUCUGGUGCGGCCAAGAGAUGAUUUAUCUUCGGAGCAAGCCUUCCUUGCAGCUUGCGAUGCGGCCCCUUGCGCUUUUAGUGGUAUUGCUCCUGUCGCUUGGAGAAGCAGCGGGGCGACGACAAGGCGUGGCGGUGGCAAUGCAACGACUAUUGCCGGACCGAUUUUGCAGUUGUGAUUGUUGUGUUUCGUUAGGCGCAGAGCAACAGGGCUGUACGCUUGUGCAGCUGGCGGUGGAUCUAGGGCAUUCGGUGCCAAGAAAUUGUCCGCUAAGCACCGGAUCAUGCGCAGCAACAAUUGAAGCGGACGACGACGAAGAGCAGAAGGAGGAGCUGGACUAUUCAAGGUGAGCAAGAUGUGGAAUUUGCUAGUGGUGUGAAAAUACUUCAAUUUAGCUGCACUUGUUGAACUAAGUUUUCGUCAAGCACAAGCACGCCUUUGACGGUUUCCGUGAUUAAAGUUCUUUAUCGAUAUCAAACAGGUUCUGUUAUAGCAACUGUCGCUCCACGACGAAGGCGCAGCAGUGUAUGCCAGCAAAACAAGCAGCAGGCGAUCGCGGUUCUGCAGUUGGUGGCGCCGCAGCGGCAAAGACUCCAUUGUCACUGCUGAGGCAACGCGCAAAGGCAAAACGGAGACCAAGGCGCGAUCCCCCGAUAUCAUUAGUGAAAGCACAGAUGAUGCAGGCUUACAGGUACCACUACCAUUUUCAAACUUGUCUCGAUGGUAGAAGAUGAGUAGAUGAUUCUGAUUUGUCCUUCAUUUUCGGAACACUAUCGAUUUGAUUCACUACUUCUGGCCACCAACAUGACGCCAGUUAUGCGAAGAGCGCAGGAGAGGCCGCUAUGCGGGCAAGGUUGGCGUACGAGCGCACUUUGGGUCAGGUAAAGCAGCAGUCAGAGUCGUUCGGGCAAGAAUUGAUCAGGGAAGUGAAGCAUCAGGCGCGUGUUCAGGCGACGGUCGCGCUGCAGAAGCGCAAGGCAUUCGAAGGAGCGUCGCUUGCGGCCGCCCAUGAUGCAGGUGCGGCGGUUUUGGCCCAGUAUGAAGCCGAUUCAAAAGCGAUGGCCAAGGCAUCAGCUGAUCUCGCAAAACGUGCUGGAGAGUAUUCGAAAGCUGCAGCGGAACGAGAGGCGACGGUCGAUACCUGGGCUCAAAGGGCGGAAACAGCGAAAGGCAUCGAAGAUCACGAGGGCGAACAAAGAAGCCUAGUAGUUCCCUUUAAUUUCCUAUUUUUUGUAUUCGUUCUCCUUCUGCCUACUUCAGUUGGUUGAUAAAUUACAAGGAGUGCGUCGAGGCCCUCACCCUCAGCGUCAGUUUCGCAUGCAUGGUUGCAGAUCUCCACAUCACAUUUUCCACAUAUGCAAUUAAGACACUCUCCGGAUUUUCUCAGAUGGUCGUAUUUCCCUUCCACCCACCCAUAAUCCGUCAGCUGCAGAUGUAUCAAGCCGAGGAGCAAGCGGCAGAGCUUUCCAAGCGGGGAGCCGAGAUACAGAAAGACGCAGCGCAAGCGGCUGAUGCCGCCGCUUUUUACUCAGCCAACGCAGCAGGCGCGGCAGAACACGCUUUGGAGCAGGCAUUGCCAAAAGGUGUCGCCAUUCCGCUUCCAGGAGAUCCCUUGCGCUUCAACUGAAGAGCGUACCUGGAUGCAUUGUAUGCAGGAUCUAGGAUAUGGGCGUAUUUACUGUGCAUUGACGUCCUUGUGGACCAUAUUUGGUUACCUAGUGGGAAAGAAAAUAACCAUCAGAUUCCGGUGUUUUUUCCGUGUUUUCCAACCCCUGCUAAGGCAGAUAGAAGUGGCGUCGCCUGAUCACGAGAGCAAGCGG